CUACAAAACGAAGCGAUUGAAAGAAAGAGAAAUAUGGCGGACAAAGAGAAAAUGGUAUACGAUUCUUCAUCGUCUUCUCGUGAUCAGAGCAACGUAGGGGAAGAAGAUUUGAUGGCGUUCUAUGGGUCCGAGUCCGGGUGGGUCGAAGCCCGUACCCAUUGCGAUCAUUUGGAUACACUCUCAGCGGAUCUAACCCACAUUCCAACACCAGACACUCCCUGUAACAGGUGCCAACAUCCCACUGAGAAUUGGAUGUGUUUAAGCUGUAAGGAUGUUUUGUGUAGCCGAUUCAUCAACAAGCAUAUGCUAGAGCAUUAUCAACAACAAAAUCAUAGUGUAGCACUAAGUUACAGUGAUCUAUCAGUUUGGUGUUUUUCUUGCAAUUCGUAUUUGGAUGCUCAGGUUAUCCUUCCUCUUCGUUCUGUUCAUGAAACUGCUUACAUAUUGAAAUUUGGUGAAGCUCCACCAUUUCGGACUAUUGAAUGCUUGGAAGUAGGAGAUAACAAAGUAAAUGGCUCCACAUCAGGAAAUUAGUAGUCUUUCUUCUUUCUGUGAGGAUGAUGUUAUAUUCAAAAUCUUGUUUUAUGCUUCUUUUAUAUGAAAGAAUCUAAAAAAUUCUUGCA